AUGUCGAACAGGCACCCGAUUUUGACGACACCGUACGCCGAUAGGGCGACGGCGGUGGAGCAUCCGCUUUCAGAUUAUCUGCUACGACUGAUGGACCUCAAGGCCUCCAACCUCUGCCUCAGCGCCGACGUGCAGACUGCGAGAGACUUGCUCCACCUUGCGGACGAAGUUGGCCCGUCCAUUGUCGUACUCAAAACCCAUUACGACCUCAUCGCAGGAUGGGACUACAAUCCGCAAACGGGCACUGGUGCUAGGCUGGCUUCUCUCGCGCGAAAGCAUGGGUUCCUCAUCUUUGAAGACCGCAAGUUCUGCGAUAUCGGCAAGACGGUGCAGAUGCAGUAUGUUGCAGGCACGGCGCGCAUAAUCGACUGGGCCCACAUCACAAACGUCAACAUCGACGCUGGGAAGGAAGUGGUGAGCGCCCUAGCCGAAGCAGCAGCAAAGUGGCGUGAGCGGGUCAAUUGCGAGGUGAAAACCUCUGUUACGGUCGGGACGCCUGUCUCGGACACCUUCGACGACGCUGAGCAGGCCGAGGCCACUUUCGACAAACUCGAUCACAUGGAAGACACUCACGGGGGCAACUCCCAGGACAUCGACGGAAGGAAAGGCAGCAUUGUCUCGGUCACAACCGUCACCCAGUCAUUCGAACCGGUAUAUUCCCCGCGACUAACCAAGUCUGCGGUUGACGGCGGAGAUGAUAUCCUCUACCCUGGCAUUGAAGAAGCACCGGCGGACAGGGGCCUUCUAAUCCUAGCCCAGAUGUCGACCAAGGGCUGCCUCAUGACCAAAGAAUAUACACAAGCUUGCGUCGAGGCGGCGAGGGAGCACAAGAGUUUCGUCAUGGGCUUUGUGGCGCAAGAGUCCCUGAAUACAAGACCGGACGACGAUUUCAUCCACAUGACUCCUGGCUGCAAGCUCCCUCCCCGGGGCGAGGAGGAGAACGGUCAACUGGAAGGUGACGGCCUUGGUCAGCAAUACAACACCCCUGCAAAGCUCAUCGGAAUCGGCGGGACCGACAUCGUCAUUGUAGGCAGAGGGAUCAUCAGCGCGGGCGACCCCCAAUCCGAAGCUGAGCGAUACAGGAGGAAGGCGUGGAAGGCAUACUUGGCCAGACUCCAGACCCAUGGAGACGCUGCCGAGGACGCUCCCACCAGAGGCCCGCCUCGCAAACGAAGGAGAAUAGUGAUAUCCUGCACCGAGUGCCACCGGAGGAAGCAGAAAUGCGAUCGCAAACUGCCCUGCCGAAACUGCACGUCGCGGAACAAGCAAGAUGUCUGCAAGUACGACACGGGCGCGCCGACAAUGAAGGACCAGCAGGGAAGCAGGUCGAGCGAUGGCGAUACAGCGUCUCCGGAUAGGACGCAGGUGGAUAGCCUACCGACCAAAGUUGCGAAUUUCGGAUACUCGCAGACCGGCGCCUCGACCUUGGGCUUUCUCCGGAAGAUCGAGGGCGCCAACCCGUCGGAACCGCUGUCGAAGCUCGCCCAAGACACUGGCCAGCAUGGGGACCACUUGAACAUGCGAGAGCGGUACAAGAGCCUCAUCCGACAAUUGCCAGCCAGGAUGUACAUCGAUAGAUUGGUCGACCUCUACUUCCUCCAUGUCAAUUGGAACUACUACAGCCUGGACCGGGACGUGUUCAAUCGGCAGCUGGCCGAGUGGCACAACUUGCCCUUCAGCGUGCUCACCAAUGGCGGCCCUCAGGCCCUGCCGGCGAACUUGAGGGCCUUCCCGGCCCUGUUAUUCCAGGUGUUGGCGACAGCGUUAUUAGUCCUCCCCUCGGGACCGGACUCGACUUUCGAUUCGCUCAAGUAUGCCGGGAACAUGACCUUCGAGGACUUGGCCGUCGACUACAGCGAAUCGGGCGUCGCCAUUCUCUCCCUACUCGGGAAGCGCCAGAUGUCCGUCACCACGGUAUUCGCUGGCUUCCUCAGAGCGGCAUUUCUCAAAUAUGUGGCCUUGGUGACCGAAGCUUGGCAUGCUAUAGGGACGGCGAUUCGUGACGCCCAGGAGAUUGGCCUCCACCGCGACAGUCUUGACCCCAAACCCGCCAGCGACGAUGCCGAGGCCGUGUUGGAGAACCAAUGGGAGAUCCAGCGCCGCCGGAAACUGUGGAUGACUCUUGUGGGUUGGGACAUACACACCGGUGUUGUCCUUGGCCGGCCGACCUCGAUCGAUAUAUCGUCAACGCCGCCCACGCUCCCCGUCGAUGCCCCCAUCCCGAAGGAUAGGUCCAAGACUCCCGUCUUGCCCAGGGGUGAAGACGAUCCACCGACUCCCCUGACACGGGCCCUGUGGGCCUUUCAAAUCAUGAUCGAACUUCGUGAGGUACUAGAGCUAGAGAAAGAAGGUCCUUGCCCCAAAGACUUUUCCAGAGUGGACAGGGUUCACCAGCGGUUACUGGAAAUCGAGGCUCAGACGCCGCCUUACUUCCGAGUCGAGAACCCCGACAAGAGGUUUGAUUCCUUGCCCGACUGUUACUGGAUCCCAUUCGUCAGGGCUACAUUACCUCAGUUGUUGUAUUUCAACCUCAUGGCAUUACACCGGCCCUACAUAUUUACACGGCCAAAGAGCCGGACCGAGGCUCUAAAGGCCAGUCUGGCAAUGCUGGAUGCUCAGCAAAUACACUUCCAGUCGCUCAAACCUGAGCAGUACAAGACAUUCUCGCUAUUCUUCGGUACUUUCGAUGCCAUCGUCUUGAUGGCUUCCAUUUAUAUCCUAUUCCCAAAAGAGCACCGCGAGUUGGUUCAGAGUGCGACCCAACAUUUCCACUGGGCGGUGGAGCGCUUCGAGGCCAUGUCGGAGAGGAACGCGUUAGCAAGAGCCGCGCUGGGCGUCCUACAGGCUAUCUACAUCCGCCUCAGGCGAUCCUUCAACAUGGCCCAGAAAGCAGGCAAGGGCCCGGCUCCGGCCCCGGCCCCGUCCACGAGCACGAGCACAAGCACCACCACCACCACCACGAUGGCAGUCGACACGCCCGGCACCGGAGCGCCGGACAACCCGUCCCCGCACCUGUCCGACGCCCCGACGAGCGGCAGCGUCAGGUCAGGCAGCGCCGCCGUCUUCACGCCCGCCGGCAGCGACAUGUACUCGGCGUCGUCGACGUCGGCGCCGCCGAGCGUCGACGCCUCGCACCACCACCACCCCCACCACCACUACCCCGCGCAUCACCCCCACCAACAACAACAGCAGCAGCAGCAGCACGACAACCAGCAGCAGCCGGGCGGCUUCGACUGGUCCGUGCCGUCCGACUUCGACUGGUCGACCAUCCAGCCCAUCUUCGCGACGGGGGACCUCGUGUACAACGACCUCGUCGGCGUCCGGGACUCAUCGGCGGCUCCGUCGUGGGCGGCCGACACGCCGAGCCUGAGGGACGAGAUCACCCCGCACCUCUGGCAGUUCGAUGGGGACUUUAGUAAUGAUAGCGUGUGGAACCUGCUCAAUCAGUAUAACCCGCUCUGA